AACACCGGCAAAACCGACGACUAGACAGCAGCGAAGAUGUCGAAACAGGAUUUACGAGAAUCGUCCGUACCCUACACCCGACUCCCUCCAAACCCUAACCACCAAAACGUCAUCGUUUUACCCGUCUAUUACCACCGCCCUUACGAUAACUUCCGUUGUCUCCGCUGUUCCCUCGCGAUUGCCGCCGCCGCCGUCCUCUUUUCCGCCGCCGCUUUCUUCCUUUACCCUUCCGAUCCAGCUCUCGAACUAUCCCGUAUCAAACUCAACCACAUCGAAGUCCACUCGUCGCCCAAACCCACCCUCGAUCUCUCCUUUUCGUUGACAAUCAGGGUCCGCAAUAGAGAUUUCUUUUCCUUGGACUACGAUAAGAUCGUCGUUUCGGUUGGGUAUAGAGGGAGGGAACUUGGAGCGGUGAGCUCAGCAGGAGGGCGCGUGAGAGCAAGAGGGAGCUCGUACGUGAACGCCACGCUCGAUUUGGAUGGACUUGAAGUUGUUCAUGAUGUGAUUUAUUUACUUUCCGAUUGGGUUAAAGGGGUUAUUCCCUUUGAUACGAAUACUAAAGUUGAUGGAGAUCUUGGCCUUUUUCUCUUUAAAAUUCCCCUCAAGGAAAAAGUAUCAUGUGAGGUGUAUGUGAAUACAAGUAACCAGACAAUUGUUCGUCAGGACUGCUAUGCUGAGUAAUGUGGUGGACAGUGGAUGUACUAGAAGUGGGAAACAGAUUCAGAUGCUGCUUUGAUUUGGUUCCUCAUUAUACUGUAUAUGCGAAUGUAAAUUAUCAUAGUUCAGUUAUCGAAUAAGGUUCUGUAUCCCCAAAGUACUUUUUUUCUUGCUCGGCAAGUAAGUGCGUAUAGCUAGGAAUUGUAAACCCAUGAUUGUGGC